AUGCCUUCUCUCCUUCCGCUAGACAGUCUGCUUGGCGCUGCUUAUAUUGGAGUGAUCGUGUCUACCGGAAUAUAUGGCGUGGCCUGCCUACAAGUAUAUUUAUAUUACACGCAACAUUGCGGCAACGAUGGCCGAUUCCUGAAGGCUUUCGUUGCCAUUUUGACGCCCCUCGACACUUUCCACGUCGCGCUCUUAGCGCACUUCAUGUAUACCUAUACGAUCACCAAUUUCGGGGAUUAUAGGACCCUCGCCCCUUUGAGCUUCUUGAUCGACAUUGUGAUAGGGGAUCUGUUGAGUGUCUUUGUGCAGACGUUCUUUGCAUAUCGGAUAUAUUGCCUAAAUGGGAAUCGCAGACCAAUACUACCUGCCUUGAUACCCCGGACAUCUAUGUUCGCAACCUCAGAUUUCUUGGGACGACCCAAGGCUGAUGAAUUCAACAUCACGACAGCUGGCUCGCUUGGUGAGGUCUCAGGUUACACGGCCAUUGGUUUCAGUGCUUCAACAUUUUUCAUUCAGCGCCCUAGGAUUUUGACCAUCAUUUCAACUUCAGUAGAAAUUGCUUGUGACGCCCUCAUUACGGGAUUCAUGAUCUACCACCUUCGCAAGAGCCGUACGCAAUUCGAGAGAACGAACCGGGCCAUCAGUCUACUAAUUAUUUACACUCUGAAUACGUCAUUGUUAACAACGAUAUUCGCUGUCACUUCACUGAUCACGUUCUUGACAUUGCGUCAUUCCCUCGCCUUCACCGUGUUCUUCUUCAUCUUGAUCCGACUCUAUGUCUGCUCGUUCAUGUCUUCCCUGAAUUCACGAAGCUUCGUUCGACAAGAGCUCAACGGCAAACAAGAUGAAGUAAUCACUCUGUCCAGAUUUGCUGCAGCGGAAGCGCGAUCAUCUUCACAGAGGGAUGACACUGUCGGUAGAUCGGUGGACAGUCACAAAGGAAGAUCAAACCCAGAGGUUUAA